AUGGUAAAGGUAUUAGUACUAGGUGCUUCGGGAUACAUAGGAAAUGCUGUAGCUCAGGCAUUUGCGAGGUCAGGUCAUGAAGUCUUUGGUUUAGUUCGUAAACCUGAAAAAGUAAAUAUGCUGGCUAGGGAUGAAAGUGAUGUUAAUAAUUUACCUACUUGGAUGCCAACAGCAGAAAGAUGUGACAUCAUAAUCGAUGCAACCUCUGAACUUAAAGAACCUGUAAAACUUGUUAACUCCAUUUUGAAUGCCUGUAACGAAAUUUCUAAAAAACGGGUUGAAGCUGGUGGUGGUAAAUUGACACUUAUUUAUACUUCUGGACUUUGGAUCUAUGGUGGUGAUCCGUUUUCAAUAAAAUCAGAACAAACUCCUCUUCAAACCGACCCCCAAAAUAUCGACAUUUGGCGCCCUGGAUGUGAACAAAAAAUUUUAAACUCACAUUAUAUUAACAGUAUAAUAAUUCGCCCUGGUCCUGUAUAUGGUAAAAGUGGUUCCUUAACUGGUGAUAUGUUUAAAGCUGCAGUUGAAGGAAGGUUAGAAGGUAUUGGUAAUAGAAAUAUUAGAUGGGCUUUGGUUCACGUUGAUGAUUUAGCUGAUUCAUACGUGCAAGCAGCUGAACGUGCAGAAAUUGUUAAAGGGCAAAUUUUUCUUAUUGCAAACAAUUCAACUGAAUCAAUGGGUGACAUGUUGACUGCGAUUGCUCGAGUUACAGGAUUUAAAGGCGAAAUAAUAUUUCGAGAACCUACAACGGAUUUUGAAGUAGCAUUGACACAUACUGGGAUUUUUACAAAUUGUAAAUCACAGACUCUACUUGGUUGGCGUCAAAAAAAAUUGGGUUUCGUUGACGGAAUUGAAAUAUGGUGGAAUAGUUUUAAAGGCUGGAACAAAUUGUAA